ACCUGCAACUUUUCAUUUUCGGUGUGGAUCGCGUUAUUCCAGUACAGCAGGGGGCGAUGAAGAUGUUGAUGCGCAUGUGCUUCUCUUCAAGAACAAGACCUUUGAAAAUGGUGUCUGUUGACAAAUAAUAACGAACUGCUAUACUCUACUUUUUAGUUUUGUAGCAUGAUUAAGACUUGGUUUGUGUAUGUAUUUUAAUAUAUACGUGUCGCUACGAGACAAAGGUAUAUCUCAAUCAAAGCCAAAUGUUUUUAAUGUAUUUUAUCUGUUUUUUUAUAUGCAGACAAACUAGCACACACAAAGUUGUGGUCAGAAGAAACAUCAAACAUCCUUUUGACUGCUCUUUGAAUAACUGUUGACGCUUAGCAUCCAUGAUAAUCUGGCUCGCAGGUUAGUUUGUCCAGUUUAUAGAGCUGGAUGAAAUGAGGCAGCAGUGCGAAAGUGAAAGCAGCAGCAGAAAGAUGGAAGAUCAACAACAUGAUCAAAAAGGAUCUGGAGCUGAUCUGCUCUCCAGGAUCGCUCUCAAUGAUAACAAGGCUGGCAUGGAAGGACUGGACAGAGACAAGAUCAACAAGAUCAUUCUGGAAACCUCUAAGGGAUCUAGAUUUUAUGAGAAUGAAUUGAAGAAAGAGCGGCAGGUGAAUCAGCGCAUUGAAAAGAUGAUGGAGCAAAAAGCAAAAAUCACUAAGGAACAGAUGAAACAAGCUCAAGCAGAGGUGGACAGACUGACAGUUGACCUGGAGAGGAGUCGAGAGCUGGGUCGUGUGAUCGUUCACGUGGACAUGGAUGCAUUCUAUGCUGCUGUAGAAAUGAGAGACUGUCCGGAGCUGAAGGACAAACCGAUGGCAGUGGGAUCCAUGAGCAUGUUGUCAACCUCCAAUUAUCAUGCCAGAAGGUUUGGUGUCCGUGCUGCCAUGCCCGGAUUCAUUGCUAAGAAGCUCUGUCCGGAUCUAGUCAUUGUCCCAACUAACUUUGACAAAUACAGAGCAGUGAGUGCCCAGGUACGGGAGAUAUUUUCAGAGUACGACCCUAAUUUCAUGCCUAUGAGUCUGGAUGAGGCUUAUCUGGACAUCACUGAGCACCUGGAGCAGCGCAAGCACUGGCCGGACACCAUGCGAACACACAAAAUCUGUGAUGCUAAGACAGAAAGCGAUGCAUGCAGAUCUACAAGUGAAUCAGAGAGAGAUGAAUUGUCUCCUGUGCUGUUUGAGGACAGUCCCAGCUCCUCUCCUUCUCUGUCAGGGGCUGAUGGGAAGGCGGAGGUGUUUGGGACGAGUGCAGAGGAGGCCGUGAGGGAGAUGCGCUUCCGUAUUGAGCAGAAAACAUCUCUUACUGCCAGUGCGGGCAUUGCCCCAAAUAUGAUGCUUGCAAAAGUAUGCAGCGAUAAGAACAAGCCCAAUGGCCAAUACCGAAUUCCUCCUGAGAGACAAGUCGUGAUGGACUUCAUGAAGGAUCUUCCUGUCAGAAAGGUAUCGGGUGUUGGAAAGGUUACUGAGAAGAUGCUGGCUGCUCUUGGUAUUGUCACCUGUUCUCAGCUUGGCCAGCAGAUGGCGCUACUAUCCCUGCUGUUUUCUGAAACCUCUUGGCAUCAUUUCCUUCACAUAUCUUUGGGUUUGGGCUCCACGUAUAUGGAGAGGGACUCAGAAAGAAAAAGCAUGAGCACUGAGAGGACGUUUGGGGAGAUGAGUGAUGCAGGGGAGCAGUAUUCUCUGUGCAAGGAGCUCUGUCAUGACCUGGCUCAGGACCUACAGAGGGAGGGCCUCAAGGGGAAAACUGUUACUUUAAAGUUGAAGAAUGUCAAGUUUGAAGUAAAGACCAAAGCAUUUACACUGCAGUAUGCUGUCUGUACUGAGGAGGAGAUCUUUGCUGCUGCUAAAGACCUUCUGAAAGUUGAGAUCGACAGUGUCAGCCCUCAGCCACUGAAACUCAGACUCAUGGGCGUUCGAGUGUCUGGCUUUAUCAGCACUGAAGAUAAAAAGCCUCUUCAAAAGAGUAUAAUGGGCUUUCUGCAGAAAGGUGGACCCGAUCCAGCCGGUUUCACACAGUGUCCUGGAUCAGAACCCAAAGCUGAAGAGGCUAGUGAUGGUGCCAGAUUUCUCAAGCCACAGUCCACUGAGAUGAAAGUACCCAAACCUCAAGCACCUCAGCAGCAGUCAUUCUUUCAAAGAGCCCAGUCCAAAAGACUACAGCAGCAGCAGGAACAAACAUCUGCCAGCACAGUCACAGACAAAACAAACAACACUCAAUCAGACACAACAAACAACACAGCUGCUAAAACACACGUGAAUCACUCUCAAUCAGACACAACAUCGGCUAACAAAAUGAAUACAGGAUACAUAAGCAAACUUGCAAAGGCGUCAUUUAAGAUUUCGACCCAGGUGCUGCAGUGUCUCACCUGUCCUGUGUGCAAUAAAGAAAUGAAGGAUGUAAACCUCACAGCCUUCAACCAGCAUAUCGAUGAAUGUCUGAAGGGCAGUGCGAUGGAUAGUAAUGAACACACAGAUUUAAGUGCAGCUGAGCGCCAAGAAGAGCUCAGUGGCGAACCAUCAAGUUUAGAAAGCAAGACUCUCGUCCAUUAUUCAUCAUGUAAUGAAGAGAAAGCGUCUACUAGCACCUCUGAGCCAAUGGCAGAUGGCGAUGACGGCAAUGACUUCAAGACUCCACAGUUUAGUCAAAGUAUGAUAAACAGAAACCAUUCAGUUGUUCUUAAAAAGCAGACAUCUCUUUCUGAAUCUAAAGUAAGAAGUUAUGAAGCUUCGCACUCAGCGCAUAAUCCUGUCCCGGAGAUGUCGUGUGAUUUGAAAGGCUCGUCUUUGGUGUGUCCUGUGUGCAAUCAGCCGCAGAGCACCGACGACCUUGUUCUGUUCAACCGGCAUGUGGAUAUGUGUCUUAACCAGGACGUUCUGCUGGAGUUUGGAGGAGCUCAUCCGCCUGUGGAUCAUUCAGCUGCUUCACCAGCAUUCAAGAACAUGAGAGGGCAAUUGGGGGACCAGGGAAAUGCUUCUAAAGUCAGAGAAAAGAGCAAAAGACGAGGAUCAUCUCCUCUUCCUCCCUCAAAGAAAACCAAAGUGUUGAGCACAAAACACACAAUCGACAAAUUCUUCAGAGGAAACACCAGACAGAACGUCUAAUUCUGCUACAAAUCCACACAGACCAUAUCCAGAAAAUAGGAAGAAGAGACAUGAUAAUCCAUGAGGACUUUGCUGGAUUCACUUCAGGGAAUAAUGUUAAUGCAAGUAAGAAAUCUGCAGACUGCAGAUUAAUAUAAGAUGAAGAAAAUGCCAAUG